CGGUAUCCUUGGAUCGUAUCCGUGCUUUUGCGAUUUAACUUCGUCCUUUUCUUUGCUUUAUUGUACAUUAUUGUUUUUUCUCAUUCUAUCCCACCACUCUACUGUUUUUGCAUUCAACUCUCACAACCUCGUGUCUUCCAACUGCAGAUAUGGGUCCAACAUCUCCAUGAAUAUUUUGUCGUCGGAAUCGCGAAGUACUCGGAUAGUGUCUUGCCCAGAGCUUCGUGAUAAUGCUACGUAGAGGUUAAACAACAUAAGUUUUCCUCCUGUCGGAUAUCUACGAUCACGUGGGGUAUCGUUUGUCCUUGGGAUCGGUAGUCAGCAAACAUGUCUGCCGCCGUCAG